AUGUCAAGAUCCCUCCCUUCAAUCCCACUAUCUUCCCUCCCCUUCUCAGAGCUACAGACCCUAGCAUCCUAUAAUGAAGAUAUGGAAUCUCGUUCUCCUAAGGAAUGGUUCGAUCGUGCAAAACAUGAAGCGGACCUUGCGAUACUAGCCGAGAGAAGUGGAAAGAAGGAGGAGAUGUUCUUGGCGUACACCAGGAGUUGUCAGGCAUAUACUUAUGUUAAGAUGCAUUCUAAGACUAGGGAUCUGAAGAAGACCGAUCCACAUUGGAGUGAAAGAGUCAAAGAUUUCAGAGAGACCUACGAUGUGUUUUUGGUGAAAGCGAAAGAGAUCAAAGACCAGUUGAAGAAAAGGGAUGUUGAAACCAAUGGUGCUUCUCCAUCUGGGUCGAAUACCACAACAUCUCCCCGCCCGGGACCUUCUCGUAGUCCGUCAGGUCCAGACAUCAGGGGAGGAGGGAGUAUAGCAGAUCGUAUGAAAGCUCUGGGAGGACAUGGGAUGGAUGUGGGGAAUUCGAAUAAGCGGUUCAGUAAAGACCUCAACUCACCUAAUAACGUCACCAUCAAUCGACCCUCUCCAAUUACGUCUCAUUACUCGCUUACACCAACUGCCCCGAAUCAACCGAACGGGACAGGAGCUAGUGCAGGUGGUAAUCUUGGCUCAUUGAGGACUACUAAACCUCUCAGCAAUAGGGAACGAAGUGGAUCAGGAGCAAGUCUACAUAGCCUUACACCUUCUGGUAGCGGUUCUGUCAGUACGAAACCACCAGCGCUCAAGGAGGAUAAACCGAUCAACUCUCACCAAACGGGAUCAUCCACUCGUUCGAGGCGGUCUACGAACCCGAUCGAAGGGGAUCGACCUUUACCUACCGCUCCAACAUCCACCACACAAUCUCCCGCCAUUACAACCCAUACUCCUCAACAACCAAAUUACUCCACCCUGCCACCAGCUGGACCAUCAAAACCUCCAUUACCUGCUAUACCGUCCUCACUUACUUCCCGUAAUCUCUCAGCUCAUGUCGAAGUGAACGAGGCAGACACCUCUUCAGGUACAAUGAAAGACUUCGAGAAAGCCUUCCCGUCAUUGAGCGAAUUUGGCAAACAAAAUUCAGAUAAGUCCGGGCUGCCCAAUGGGAGCGCUAAAUUCACGCAACAUAAUCCGAUAAUUGAAGAAGGUGGAGAAUCACCUGAAAUAUCUUUACCUGAUGUGCCUAGUUUUCCCACUUUACCUUCUGCACCGUCAAACCGACCUGGUCUACCUUUACCACCCCCUCCUCCCAGACCUGAUAGUAUCAACCCGUUAGAACAAGAUCAUCAGCCCGCCGACGAAAAGGCCUUAUCGCCUCCUAUGCCUGACGCAGGAGCUGGCCUGAAAAGACCAGCCAGUACACCCAAUGUAGCCACCCUCCCCGGUGAUUCCGAUCUACCCAAUGGCAUAGUCAGAGAUUCCGCACCCAACGGUGUUACUAGAGAUACAGCUCCUACAGCCGGUCUGAAAGAUCCCAAAAUCCCCAAUUUAUCUUUCCCAGUUGCCGUACCUACCCCUCCGCCACCUCGUCAACGAGAUUCCCUACCUCAACCUCCGCAACCUAAUGGCUUGCCUCACAGUCAGGAAUUCAAGAAACCAAAAUUCCCAUAUAGCAAUUCCGUGACUCCCGAUGAGCUUCGAUCGUAUUUCCUGAACCCUGCUGUUGAUAUACUAUUACUAGAUGUAAGAAGUGAGGAGGAGUACAAGAGGGGCUACGUUGGGAAGGAGUAUGAACCUCGAGGGGCGAAAGUGACUGUGGUCUGGAUGGAUCCUACGGUAUUGAUGAGAGAUGGCAUCAAUUCGCAGAAGCUUGAAGACUCUUUAUCGCUCUCUCCACCCGCUCAGCAAAAAGCAUUUGCCAAUCGAAAUCAAUACGAUCUUUUGGUUGUCUACGAUGCCAAUUCGACCAAUUGGCCUCCUAAAGAUAAAGCCACUCCCACUUCAAGACUAUGGGACUCGGUAUAUGAAUAUGAAUUCACGAAGAAAUUGGACAGGACACCUGUAUUACUGGUUGGUGGGUAUGAGGCUUGGAGGGAGUUCAUCAAAAUGAGAGCUGCUAAACAUCAACAAGCGUACAAUGCUGCUCAUGGACAUGGACAUAGUCAGUCUGUCCAGGUGAAUGGUCAGGGUAGACCAUAUAAUCCGAAACCUAAUGGGUAUACCCCAAGUACACCACGACUUGAUAAAGUCACUUCACCUAGUUCUUCGGUGGAUUUGACGAAGAGAGCUAACAGGGAUAUGCCAAUAUACCAAUCUGCGCAUUAUGCCAAGAAUAUCACCGACAGCUUCGGUUAUGCUCCUCAAUCAAUGACUGGCGAACCAUCCUCAUACAUCACCGGCCAGCCCUCACGAUCCUAUGCCCCUUCGCCCGUCUCUCACACGAGAUCACCAUCCAAUUAUUCCUCUUCCGCUACACCUAUCACGGCUCCUCCUCAGGCGUCCAUACAUCCUGGCCCAGGAGCCAGGCGUCGUUCGGAUUACCUUGACCAACACGGACAAGCGUAUUCUGGAUCAGCAGGCGUAUCUUCCCCUCGACCAGCUAUAGAUUACCCACAGGCUCACGCUCUGGCGUCUGUGCCUCAACCUCCGCCCGCGGCUGUCUCGCCCAUGGAUAGGUACGAUACGAGACCGGCUGUAGUGCGAUCAGGCAGUAUAAGAGGACUGGACUUGGUGGCGAGAGAGGGCGAUGAAGUUAGGUAUUGGAAUGAUGUGGUUCUGGGUUUGACGGGAUUGAAGAAUUUGGGGAAUACUUGCUAUAUGAACUCGACAUUACAGUGCCUCUCAGCCACUUAUCCAUUCACAUCUUACUUUUUAGACGGAUCAUACAAGAAAUCGAUUAAUAUAUACAACCCCUUAGGAACCAAAGGAAACCUCGCCAAUGCAUUCGCCGAACUACUAAAAGCACUAUGGAAAGAAGAUUAUACGUUUUUAUCUCCCGUGACAUUUAGGAAGAACAUCAUUACUUUUGCAUCGCAAUUUUCUGGAACGGAUCAACAUGAUUCUCAAGAAUUCUUAUCAUUUGUUUUAGAUGGUUUACAUGAAGAUCUGAAUAGGGUGAAACACAAACCGCCACCUGUUGAGAUGACCCCUGAAAGAGAGGCUCAGCUGGAAACUUUACCACCUGAAAUUGCAUCGGAGAAGGAAUGGCAGAUAUACAGGAUGAGGAAUGAUAGCUUCAUUGUGGAUCUGUUUCAGGGUCAGUAUAGGAACAGAUUGGAAUGUUUGACUUGUCAUAAAACAUCCACAACAUACGACGCAUUCAUGUACAUGUCUCUCCCUGUGCCUGCCGGCAAAUCCAAGGUGGUCGUACAGGAGUUGAUAGAUGAGUUCGUCAAAGCGGAAGUGAUGGAGAAGGAAGAUGCAUGGAACUGUCCAAGGUGUAAAGUCCCCCGACGAGCUUCCAAAACGCUUACCAUCUCCCGUCUUCCACCUGUACUGCUUAUCCAGUUGAAGAGAUUCACGACUCAGAAUGGAGUAUUCUGGGAUAAAUCUGAAACUCCUGUUAUAUUCCCUGUGAAAUCGUUGGACCUCACUCGAUACGUACCUCGAAGACAGCAGACGGGUAGAGAGGAUCUGGACGACCCCAGAUGUCAAGUAGGACCAUUCAAAUAUGAUUUGUAUGGAGUCAGUAAUCAUAUGGGAACGUUGAGUUCGGGUCAUUAUACCGCAUACGUCAAAUCGAGUAAAGGUUGGAUGUACUGCGAAGAUUCCAAAGUGUCCAAAGCUCAUGAAAAGGAUGUAGUGUCACGACCUGCUUAUAUCUUGUUUUAUAAACGAGUUCGAGCGUAA